AGGAAAUAAACAAUCACACAAAAACCUCAACACUUGCCCAUAAGCCAUUGUUUUCACCUCCACUUUUUUUCUUCACAUACUCUCCCAAUUAUAUUUAUUUUUUCUUUUAUUUUUCUACCAUAUCAAUUCAAAGAGUGCUCAUAACAUGUAGAAUCUAUGCUAGAUUCAUGUGUAAAAUUAAGAAAGGGAUAAAAAAAACAUAGCAAAGAAAGCAAUCCCACUUUCUAAUGUUGAGUUUAUUCUUUCCUUUCCUUCAUGAAUAGCACAACCAAUUAUUUCCAACAAGAAUCAUUAAUUUAAAUAUUUAAACUCAACCACACCAUUCUUCAAUUUUUUCCAUCCAUACAUUAUUAAAGAUAAAGCAAAAUAAAUAAAUAAAAUAGUUUGUUUUUUUCUUUUUCUUUUUCAUUACUAGAGAUCAGAGAAGCAAAAGAUGAAAGUAGAUAAGGUGAGAUUGAGGUUGAUGUUGGUGGUUACAGUGAUGAUGUUAAACUUGUCUUGUUGUUCAGCUUGGUUUGGUAAUAAACGCAAAAGUGGAAGAAACAUAAAUUUACCAGGUGAAUCCAUGUCUUCAAGGACAAGUCUCAUGAACCAUGCUGCUGCUGGUUCCUCAAUUGUGUUCCCCAUUUAUGGCAAUGUUUAUCCUGUUGGAUUCUAUAAUGUUACUCUCAACAUAGGUCAACCACCAAGGCCUUAUUUUCUUGAUGUUGACACCGGUAGCGAACUCACAUGGCUCCAAUGUGAUGCCCCUUGUUCUCAAUGUUCUGAGACACCUCAUCCACUUUACAAACCUAGCAACGACUUUGUGCCGUGCAAGGAUCCGCUCUGCGCAUCCUUGCAGCCCAGUGAUGACUACACAUGUGAAGAUCCUAAUCAAUGCGACUACGAAAUUAAGUAUGCUGAUCAGUACUCAACUCUUGGUGUGCUUCUCAAUGAUGUCUACCUUCUCAACUUCACCAACGGAGUCCAACUUAGAGUUCGGAUGGCGCUCGGAUGUGGAUAUGAUCAGAUUUUUUCACCUUCUUCUUAUCAUCCCUUAGACGGAGUACUUGGACUAGGAAGGGGAAAGGCGAGCUUGGUUUCACAGCUGAAUAGUCAGGGCUUGGUGCGAAAUGUGAUCGGACACUGCUUAAGCUCGCGAGGAGGAGGAUAUAUCUUCUUUGGAAAUGCUUAUGAUUCUUCUCAAAUGAGUUGGACUCCGAUUUCGUCUAUCCAUUCGGGAAAACACUACUCGGCAGGACCAGCUGAGCUUGUUUUCGGAGGAAGGAAGACCGGUGUGGGAAGUUUGGAUAUUAUUUUCGAUACCGGAAGUUCCUAUACUUACUUCAACUCUCAGGCUUACCAUGCAUUGAUUUCUUUGGUGAACAAGGAACUACAUAGAAAGCCAUUAAAAGUAGCACCUGAUGACCAGACUUUACCAAUGUGUUGGCAUGGUAAAACACCUUUCAGAAGCAUAAAUGAAGUGAAGAAAUACUUCAAGCCACUAGUACUUAGUUUCAGCAAUGGUGGAAAAGUUAGAUCUCAGUUUGAGAUCCCUCCCGAAGCUUAUUUAAUAAUAUCAAAAAAGGGAAAUGUUUGUCUAGGAAUUCUAAACGGUCCUGAAGUAGGAUUGGGUGAAGUGAACCUAAUUGGAGACAUAUCCAUGCUAGACAAAGUGAUGGUUUUCGACAACGAGAAAGAGUUGAUUGGAUGGGGACCAUCUGCAGAUUGCAAUGGUGUUCCAAAAUCCAGAGAUGUCAGUUUAUGAUCAUAAAAACUACCUAAUUCAAGCAUUCAUAUGUCAGUAGAAAAUAAAUUAAUGUAGUUUAUAGAGCUGGUGAUGGUAAAGUGUAAACUAGUAAUAUAUUGGGGCAGGGUAUUCUGUAGAUUAGCUUCUGAUAAUUACAGAAGUUAUUAUAUAUUUAGGGUCAUUUCAUAUAAGCAUGGUUAUGCAGCUAUUUGUAGCCAAUAUAAUCCUUCUAGAACAGAAGUGAAAAUACAUUAGAUUAUAAAAUGAA